AUGGCCACCGUCAGCGCCGCCGCGGCGACCACCGUCGUUGCCCGCGCCGCGAUCGCCAGGCCCAACGGUCUAGGGCUGCCCCAGCUGAGGGCGAGGAGCGAGAGGGUGCGGUGCAGCUACGCCAAGGACGCCAAGAACGCGGCCGCCGUCAGCGCCAAGGCCGCUGGCGCGUCGCUGCUCGCCGCCGCCGGCGCGGUGACCGCGUCGGCGGGGCCCGCGCUGGCUCUCGUGGACGAGCGGAUGUCCACGGAGGGCACCGGGCUGAGCCUUGGGCUCAGCAACAACCUGCUGGGGUGGAUCCUCCUGGGGGUCUUCGGCCUCAUCUGGUCCCUCUACACCAUCUACACCUCUGACCUCGACGAGGACGAGGAGUCCGGUGGCCUGUCGCUCUAG